UAUUAUGAACUGAUGCCAUAGAUUGCCCUGAAUUGUUCUGAGAGCAGAACUUCCCAGCAAGAAGGUGACAUGGCAUUCUCACCGGCCUCUCGACUAGCCAAUCUCCGGCGGCACUUGGAUUUGACCGAAGGAGGCAACAAGGUUGCGCAAGUCAAUGGAAUUGGAGGAUCAAUGAAAGUGAAGGUAGCCUCAGAGGUUUCUCAAGCAUUAUCAUUGGGGCGAGCAGUUGUUGCUCUGGAAUCUACCAUCAUUUCACAUGGGAUGCCAUAUCCUCAAAAUUUGCAAACUGCAAUAGAGGUGGAAAAUAUUGUAAGAGAGAAUGGUGCAGUUCCUGCCACCAUUGCAAUUUUAGACGGCAUGCCCUAUGUAGGUCUAAGUCUAGAAGAACUUGAAAGGCUAGCUAGUCUGGGAACCCGUGCUCGGAAGACAGCUCGAAGGGACAUUGCAAAUGUUGUAGCUCGAGGUGAAAAUGGUGCAACUACUGUUUCUGCAACAAUGUUUUUUGCUUCUAUGGUUAAUAUUCCCAUCUUUGUGACUGGGGGGAUUGGGGGAGUGCACCGUCAUUGGGAAUAUAGUAUGGACAUAUCUUCUGAUCUCGUUGAGCUAGGCAGAACACCAGUAGCUGUUGUAUGUGCUGGUGUAAAAUCAAUAUUAGAUAUUCCCAGGACGCUUGAAUAUCUGGAAACACAAGGAGUCUGUGUUGCUGCAUACAAGACCAAUGAGUUUCCUGCAUUUUUCACGGAAACAAGUGGCUGCAAGGUUUCAUGUCGGGUAGACAGCCCGGAAGAUUGUGCUUCCAUAAUAGAUGCAAGCUUCAAACUCAAGCUAGGAACUGGAAUUUUGAUAGCAGUUCCUAUUCCUCAAGAACACUCAGCUUCUGGACACAUAAUUGAAUCUGCCAUUCAUAAAGCCAUUAAAGAAGCCAGGGAAAACAAUAUAACAGGGAGUGCUGAGACUCCUUUCUUGCUCGCUAAAGUAAAUGACCUGACUGGAGGUGCCUCGCUUGCUGCAAACAUUGCUCUUGUGAAGAAUAAUGCUCUUGUUGGAGCUAAAGUUGCAGUAGCCCUUGCCGAGAAAAGAAAAAAUUGUGAAAGUAUGGAUUAGGAAAUUGAAGAAAGGAGGUAGGAAAAGGGUAUUUGGUAUGAGAAUGGAACGUGUCUUUGUGAAGACCGAAGAAAGUGUGCAAUGAAUGAUGAAGAAUGGGUGAAGAUUGAGCUAAAACCAAGCAAGACAGUUGGAAAUGCCGUAAAGCUGCGAGCACCCCAACAACGCAAAUGUUAAAACUACCAACGCAAAUUUGAACUGCUUUUUUCGUGUUGGAUAAUUGGUACUCUAAAUACGUGCCUUUAUUGGGUGAAUGGAUUCUGACAUUUUGUUUCAUGUGCGUGAAACGGUAGAAGAAGGUGGUGCUGACAUGUUUGGUAGCAGCACGAGUCAUGUCCACCCUUAUAAUGCUUAUGCUUUGUCACGUCAAGGUUUAUCAAUUAUCAUCUGCAUGUGGUCGAUGUUUCGUGCU